AUGGCUAAAAGUCCGAAAAAGUCGGGAGCUAAGUCGAGAGGAACUUCACGGCUGCAAGCACAGUUUAAUAAAGCUGUACCAUCAAAGGUUGGUGGGAAGAAAAUAAAAGCAUAUAAGAAAAAUUUCAUUAAACCUCCCCAGAGACGAUUUAGUAUAGCUGAUACAAGCUCAUCAGCUUCCAAUUCUGAAUCAGAAAAUGAAGGAACAUAUAAUUAUUAUGAAACUAAGAACUUCAAUUCAGGUUCAGACUCAGAUUCUUCUUUAACUGCAGUAACAGAUAAUGAUGAAGCUGAGGCAUCGAGAAAAGGAUCUGUAUUCUUUGAGAGUGCUGAUAAUGAGGAAUUAUAUAAAAUGGCGAAGAGGUCUCCUAAGAAAAGUAAACAGACUAACAACAAGAAUACGUAUCAAUCAACAAAAUCUGCUAAAAAAUCAAAUAAUGUUGCCAAGAAGAGAACACCUAAAAAAACCGUUAAUUGGAAUCAAUGGGAUAACGAAAAUGCCAUUUCAGAUGGAUCAGAAUCUUCGACAGAUGAAGCACAAGUUGGAUUAGGGGGGUUAUACUCUUUGAUGAACCAUCAAAAACAGCCUCAAUCAGAAUCUGAUGACUCUGACUCAGAAUCGGAUGAAGAAGAACACGAUUAUUCGUCCUCUGAUGACUCUGAUGUUGACUUCGUGAAAUUGCAGGCUGAGAGAAAAGCUAAAUCGAUGAAAGCAGUGAGGGCUAUGAAAGGGUUAUCUAAACAACAAAGAGAUCAAUACCACGAUGAUUCAGACUCAGAAAUGUCUGAGCCUAUACCAGAAAAAAAGAUAAACAAAAAUAGAAGGCGAAGUAGUUCUAUGUCGAAACCAAAAUUUGGCAGAAGAAAAUCCGAUGUAGCAUUGCCAGAUAUAAACUUCACAUUCGAAUUCGAUGAUAAGUUUGACAAUGCCAUAAUCGAUGAAGAGGAUGAAGAGGAAGAGGAAGAUCAACAAAGGGAGAUUACAAAUGAUCAAUCUUUGAUUGGAGGAGACCAGGAGGAAGAUAUUGGUGAGGAAGUAAGCUAUGCUGCACCUAAUCACAAGAAACAAUAUGCCUCCAAUGAUGACGAUAAUAAUGACAAUGCUACUAAUCACAACUUUGAAUUUGAUUUCGAUUUUAAUGCACAAUUACCCCAGGUUCCAAGAAUCAAUGAUACGGAAAUAAAUUCUGACGAAGAUUAUGAAAUUGAUGAUAAUGAAUUGCUAGCUACUUUGCAAGCAGAUAAUGAUAUGGAUCAAUUUUCUACACCAAAUAAUCAAAACACUCAUACAAGAAAUAAUUCUAUUGGAUCGUAUGGUGAUGAAGAAGAAAAUGAUCCAUUUUUGAAAGAAGAAGAAAAGUUUCUCGUUAAUGAAUUUGAGAAUAAUGGGUUUGAUGAAGAUGAUUCGGUGUAUAUUGGAAGCUUUGAUUACAAUAACCCAUCAGACAGGGACAACUUGAUCGAUUCGUUUAAUGUGAUGAAUUCAAAUCAGAACAAGGAUGUAAUUCAAUACGCUAGUAGCGCUGAUAGUAAAUCUGAUGACGAUGACGAGGAUGACGAAGAUGACGAAGACGAAUAUGAUGAUUUUAUUGACUUCGACGCUCCGUUAUUUGAUAAGGAUGAAGAGGAUGAUUAUGAUGUCUAUGAAGAAUUCAAAGUAGAUGAACAUGAUACUAGGAAACACUCGCAGCAUAGGCAAAAGAGACUGAAGUCAAGCAAGAGAUCCAAUGGGAUAGGCAAUAGUGAUGAAGAAGACGACUCUUAUUUAUGGAACUAUUUCUUUAGUUCGGAUAACAGUUCACUGAGUGGAGAGGAUGAAGAGAAUUAUAGAUAUGAUGAUUCUGAAGAAAAAGUAAUAAUGGAAAAGCUUUUCAAAAAUAUUGAAAAAGAGAACCGUACCAAAAAGCUUAUACGCCGCAAAAAUAAGCCGAUGGGGCUCGACAAGAACCAUUACAUACCAUCCGAUAAUGAAUAUGAGAGUGGUGAAUCUACUGACGUAGACUUGAGCCUUCCGCCUUCCACGCUUAAGAAAUCUGGCUCCAAAAUUGCAAAGGAAGUUUUAUCUUCCAAGACAGCUGACUAUAGACCUCCGGUAUUAGGUACUUGGGCUGCAAUUGACAGCAAGCCAUUUGGAAUUAUUGAUGGUUUAUCAACAAGGUCUUUGGGCAAUAAUGUAACUGGUAAUAAUUUUAACAAUAAGCAAAUGGAACCUAGACUGCUUGCACGAAAAGGAGCCUCUCAACUACAUACGAAUACAACAGAUGACCUGGCAUUGGGUUUAGAUGAACUCUUGAAUGUCAGUGAAUUGGAUGAUGAUGAUGAGAAUGAUGCUCAGAUAUGGAGAGAUUUCAAUAAUCAGAAGAAGCAAGUCCCGUUGGGUGCAUUUCGUAAUAAAUCCAUUCUACAAAAUCAAUUAAUUCAUCCAGAGAAUAUUACCGUACCCAACAAUUCCUCGUAUAACCAUACCAGCAAGUCCAACAAUGAAUUCAAUAGAAGAAGAUAUUCGUUAUCAAACCAUCAAGAUAGCGGUUCCAGGAGAAGCAACCUGAUCACAAAGCACGCAAACGUGAAAAAGCCUGUGCAUGAUCGCAAAUCAUCAUUUUCCCAUUUGCCUCCCCUGAACAUUGAUUCAUCCAACAAGAGCAUACCUUCCAAACUUAAAAGAAGACGUGCAUCUAUCGUGGAAGCGGUCUCCGAAGGUUUCAGACCAACCAAAUCAGGUCUUUUCAGUGAAGAUGCCUUGGCUGAUGUUGAAGAAAUCCUCGGUGAAGAUACGGAUUUAAUGGGUUUAAUAAAGGGCUUGUGA